AUGCCACACGAGAUCCCAGUACGACCAUGGCAAAUCGUGGCUACUGAUAUUUUCAACCUUAACAGGCAUAAUUACCUCCUCGUUGUGGAUUACAACUCCAAAUACCCCUUCAUCCGCAAACUAAAGGAAUUCUCCAGCAAGGAAGUCAUUGAUUUUACCAAGCGAAUCUUUGCUGAACAAGGAGUCCCAGAAAGGCUUACCAGUGACAGUGGGCCGCAUUUCAGCUCUCGGCACUUUAAAGAAUUUGCCAAAGCAUGGGAUUUUGAGCACAUCACCUCUUCUCCCAAAUACCCCCCCCCCCGAUCGAAUGGCAUGGCAGAGCGGUGCAUACAAACCAUCAAGGGAGCCAUGAAGAAGGCCAUGCUGAGCAACCGAGACGUAGAUAUGAGUCUGCUGUGUCUCCGAUUGACUCCAAUGGAUCACGUAAUCCCAUCCCCGGGAAAACUACUAUUCAAUCGGAAGCUGGUCAGUAAUCUCCCCACAAAAUGCACCAACAAUAAUGCCCGGAAAGAAGAAAUUCAGGAUCGCCUACUCGAUAGACAGUGGUUGCAGGGAAAACAACAUGAUCAACAUGCAAAGGAUCUCUCCAAACUUAGCACAGGACAACUGGUGCGAGUACAAGAACAGGAUACGAGGAAGUGGACUUCAGCUGUGGUCAGACAAAUCUGCACUGAACCACGAUCAUACAUUAUUGAAACCCCAACAGGACAGGUUCUUCGCAGAAACCGUAGGCAUCUCAAGGAAGAUAUUAGCAACAAGGCACUGACGUCUCUCCAUAGUACGUCCCUGCCUCCACCCGCUAAUAUUCCAAACACACCUCCUGCAGGUACACCCAACACACCCUCCAACAUCUGCACUCCAUCUAAAGCAACACUCACAAAUUCUUCCCAUCCCUCUACCCCACUCAGUAGAAACACUAGUCAACUAAAGACCUCCUCUGCUAAGAAGGCUACUCCCUCCACAGCCUCUGCCCAAAUACAUUUCUCCCAUCCCUCAACCCCACUUAGUAGAGAUUCCAUCCAACAAAAGCCCUCUCCCUUUAAAAAGGCCAUAUCCUCCACAUCCACAGACACAUACUUCCCAUCCUUCAACUCCUCGCAGUAG